AUGGUUUUCUUCAACUCCUCAGCAGUUCCCAGCCUGCAGAACACCCCGUUGGACCCAGUACUAUCGACCGUGGGAGAUGAAGCUCUGAUUGAUUGUGUGGUUACAAACCAACAGAACUACUCCGUCAUGUGGAAAAGACUCUCUGAUGGGGACAAAGGAGUCAUUCUCACGGUUGGAACGACCCGUGCUAAUGGAGACAGCAGAUUCUCUGUGUUGCACAACAAAAAUAACGAAACAGGGCAUAACAGUUGGGUGUUGCGAAUUCAUCCGACACGACACAGUGAUUCUGGAAGAUACAGCUGUGAGUUGAACACGCAACCCCAUCAAACUCUCACCAGACUUUUGACCGUGCUCCAAGAAGAUGUUCCCACCAGAGAAGAAAGCGUCACGCUUAAUCUAAACCAUAAUUAUACAGCCUGUUGCGCCCAGCAAGGCAUUCCCCAAGAGUGUUUCGGGUAUUGCACACUGCACGGCAUUGUGACCGGUUCGCACAACAGUCCCCGGUCGUGCCUUGAAUACAUUUCUACUCUGACCGAGUGUUUGACAGACGGUAGAAAUCACAUGCCGUGCUGUCUGGAACAGGGAAUCCCGAAGACGUGUCGUAGCGUUUGUGUCGGCGACUACUCCUUACAAACCAUAACCGAACAUUACAAAUGCAUGGACUACACCAUGCAGACCCUCGCGUGUAUUUCCAGUGGCAUCGAGAUUCUCCCGGGCCAACCAAAGAAUGUAGAGAUAGAAGCGAUAUCGCCAACUCAGCUGAAAAUUGAUUGGCUGGCGCCCCAUCAACAAACGGCUGUACAUAACUAUAUCAUCAACAUCACAGAACUAGCGUCGUUCGAUCCCAACGUCAGUCUGAUGAAUUCCACCGAAGAGAAACCGAAAGGAUCCGAUGAGGAUAAGUCUGGCGUGAGCCUCGGCCACUCGAUCAAGCUAGGGGCGAACCAGACAUCGUUCACGAUGCGGGGCUUGAAGCCGUCCACUAUGUAUCAAAUAUCGAUAUACUCACAAAAUUCAGAGGGACAGUCGCUGCCGACGAUACCGAUUCGAAUCCUAACUCUGGGCAGUGAGAAAAAACCGUCCAACCAGGGCGAUAUCAAGGCAGCAUCAGCCAAAGAAACCAUUCCGGAUAUCAGGGCUUGUUGCGUCGACAAAGAGGUCAAGCAGGAACGUUGUCUGAAGACAAUGUGUGAUCCUAGCAAUUCACACGAAGCUACACUGACCGACAUCAUGAUCUGCGCGCCAUGGGCGAACGUCACUUUCUCCUGUAUGGCGAACAAUAUCGACCACACGGACUGCUGCAAGCGUCGAGGCAUUCCAGAGGACUGUUUGUAUUUCUGCACCGGCAAAGUGACGAAAAUCGAUUACAAUCAUUUCAAAUGUCUCGAGUACAUGCCAUUCUACGGGAGUUGCGUCCUCGAGCAUUACGGCGUUCUUCCCGGAAAUCCCGUCAGGGUCACCGUCAACGGCGUCAGUCAGAAGUGGGCUGUGAUUUCUUGGGAUCCACCAAAGGAGAAACCGGAAACGGUAACUCGGUACUCUUUCUACUACCGGAAGCUCGACGGCUUCCAAGAGAACGAACCGUACUUCCAGAUCUUAGGAGUCGAUUCUCCCUAUCUCCUUGACGGUCUGCAGCCUGGAAGCUUUUACGAGGUGUUCGUCGCUGCGGAGAACAAGUUCGGCUCCUCGGAAGGCUCUGAGCGGCUCAUUAUCGAUACGAAGCCUGUAGAUGAGGAGCCCACAAACAGCACCACGGGAUACAGCGAAACUGAGUGUUGCAUGGAGGCCAAACUCAACGAAGAAUGCAUGCCCCUGUGCAGUUACAAAGUCAAGCUCAACGACCUGCAGAGACUCGGUCCGAAGUGUAUGCAUCAGCUGGAUAUUCUCAUGAGGUGCGGCGCCGGGGGUCGGGAUCAUUCACCGUGUUGUCAGCGAUAUGCUGUCAAUCCCGCCUGCAUCUCCAUGUGCUCCGGGAAGCUCUCCGCGAACCAAUACGAUUCAUUCAACCCGCGACUGUGCACCCGCGAAAUGGGCGCCAUUCUCACGUGCAUGGAGGAAGGUACAGGGAAAAUACCAUCGAUGCCGGAUGACUUCCACGUCGCUUUCACCACACCCACUUCCGUGCAUCUCGAAUGGCAGAAGAACCCGGAUAACGGCGAAAAUAUAAAUGUCACGAACUAUAAAGUUUUCUACACUGAGGUCUUCGGAGAUAUCCCUCCCACUCCUCUCAACUACACAAUGAACAUCACAGUGAAAGCCCCGAUGGCAAUAAUCAACGGCCUCAAAGAGAACACCAAAUACAGCUUCUACAGCAUAGCCACGAACGAAUUCGGUCAAUCGACGCCGUCUCUCAUCUUGCUGGUAACCACGCCUACGAGUGGUGUCAAUGAGAAGAGAGUGGACGCGGUUCUGAGUCCCCCGUAUGGCGUGGAAGUCAUCCAUUCCACCGUUCGUACGAUCGCGGUCAAAUGGCAGCCUCCGAUCCACGUGCCGCCGCAUCAAGAAAUUCUCUAUACGGUCUACUAUCAGGCGACCAAUGCCACGGGCAAUGUCACGGAACAAGACGAACUUCCGAACACUGUCACGACGAUGUUCACGCAGCUGCUCCUCACGAACCUGACCUACGACACUCAAUACAAAAUCUCGGUUCAAGCACGCACGCCUGAGGGUGACCGUAACAGCCCCGUGUCGGAGGUGGUGCUCGCGUGGACAGACGCCGCGAUUCCGGCCUACGUGAAUCUCCCAUUGAUCGCUCCGAUCGGUCCAAUCCGAGAGGGCAGUAACAUAACAGUGGCUUGUCUCGGCUACGGUGUUCCCGCACCCAACACCUCGAUUUACAUCAAUGGACAGCUGCUCGUCGCUUUGCCGCGGCACCAGGUGGCCGUGGCUCUGCAGCGCAUAACGAGGAAUAUCACGAGAUUAUCCUGCUACGCGGACAAUGGUUAUGGACCGGGUGGAUACACCAGCCUCAGUGUCCACGUCCUAUCGAGUCCCAUCGUGACUAUUCCCGUCGAGGAGGUGCAAUCCGAAGAAGGAGCGACGGCGCGACUCAACUGCAAGGUUUCUGGAUUCCCCGAGCCGCAAUUCCACUGGACCCGGGACCGUCAGAGCAGGAACUCCAUCAGAACCACAGACACCGUUGGGCUGCAAGCAGUUCCCGAUAUGGAGAUGCCUCACACCUACACAUCGUCUCUGAUUCUCAAGAGGAUUUCGAAGGCCGACGCCGGGAAAUAUUACUGCAGUGCUUCUAAUCAGUACGGAAUGAUGACACGCUCCGUCGAGCUCAAGGUCAACGAAGCGAACCCCGACAAAAACUCCUCUAGCUGCUGUGCGGAACAGGGCGUGUCUCCCGCGUGUCUCUCCGCGUGCGCAUACGACGUAGAUAUCAUGUUCGCGCUGAAAAAGCCCGAAUGCAUUCAGGAUCUUGAUAAGUUGAUGCACUGCGCCGCAGACGGCAGCGACCACAGACUGUGCUGCAAAACGAAGGGUGUGCCGUGGUCUUGUCAAAAAUGGUGUGCUGGACGACCAGUACAAGUUCCUACACACUGCGCUCUGAUAUCGGCGAGAGAGAUAGUCAGCUGCUUCGAAGAGGGAAAAGGUAUCCUGCCGGGACCGCCUCCAAACGUCAAGGCCAGUCGGCUGAACGGAGAAAUUCUCGUCACUUGGGACAAGCCCACGAAGCAUCCCGAGGUUGUUCAAUGGUAUAAGAUAUUCUGGCGAAUCGUCGGUUCGAUGGACGCGAACAAGAACGAGACCGAUAAAUUGGAGUUCCGUUUCCCUGCCGACGACGAUAAGAUCUACGAAAUCCUCGUCAAGGCGGGCAACCAUUACGGCAUGAGCCAACCGGCGGACGCUCUCGUCGUCCACAGCAAUUCAAUUACGGCUUACAGCGAACAUCAACAGGCCGUCGGUGAUGGCGGCAGAAUUUUGGUGUCGUUGUUCAUUAGUCUAAUUGUUAUGGCUGUUGCGGCGGCCGGCUUCAUGUGGUAUUACCGGAGACAGAAAAAAGGCUCCGGCCACUCCGCCUCUAACCAGGGCGUGAGCUUUGAGAAUCCCACCUAUCUCAAAGACGGCAUUUCCCUCUCACCCGCUACGAACUCGGUGAACUUCAAUAGUGUCUUCGCCUUCCAGAAGGAUAAAGACUCAUCUGCGGAGCUAGACCUCACCGAGCGUUCGGGACCUCGCGCCGUCGAGAAUCAAUACGAGGACUUCAGACACGUACGGCUACACUAGACGAAGCCUCAAAACGACUCUCGAGCUUCACCAAUAAUUAUUGUAUUGCCGAAACUCGGAGAAUCAGAAGUCAAUUCGUAUGUAUUUAGUAUUUAGAAGGGAGACAUCUCGAGUGUGAAAGGAGCCCAUCUCGCGGGCAAAACCGCCCAAGGAAAUUGACGGGGAAUAGGGAUGCGGAGGAGGAGGCUGACCUCAUCGGGGUAGCACGAGGGAGGAGUGCGACCUCA